AUGCGGCUACAUAAAUGAAAGUUUUCGAAUUGUAAAAAGUAUAGGUUGAUAAACAAAUUCACAGAGAGUUGAGAUGCUAAGAACUACAUCAAAAUGAAGGUAUCUGGCCAUUUGGCCCAAGAUUUCCUUAAUAGUUUGUUUUAUCUAACGAUUCUAGUUUUCACUUUUAUAUGUAUCUUGUCUUUAUUAAUACAACUAUUAUCCAUAUUUUAA